GCUGGGGAGCAUCAGACGGCGGAGAGGCACUAUGGCGGGAACGAAUCUCGGGGCCCGCUUCUACCGGCAGAUCAAGAGACAUCCCGCACUCAUCCCGAUGAUCGGCUUCAUUGGCCUGGGAAUGGGCAGUGCGGCGCUGUACUUGCUGAGACUCGCCCUGCGCAGCCCCGACGUCUGCUGGGACAGAAAGAACAACCCAGAGCCCUGGAACCGCCUGAGCCCCAAUGACCAAUACAAGUUUCUUGCAGUUUCCACCGACUAUAAGAAGCUGAAGAAGGACCGGCCGGACUUCUGAGCUGGCGGGGGUGCCAGCCUUGCAGGGUGUGGCUCAGGCUACGUGUUGAGCGUGGCCAACGUGAGCCAAGAGCAAGCGCAGGCCUCUCGGUGCCAAGUGACGUGGCAGGCCCCGCGUUAGGCCAGGCUCUGGCGCCGCGCAGGGGCGGUGCUGCUCUGGCUCGACUGGGCUCGUCGCUGGCCGCCCUGCUUGCCAUCGCCGCCGCCGGGCCUGCCCUGGAUGAGGCACCAGAAGCGCAGCAAGCGCCUCCCCGUGCCCAAGCCCACUGCUUCCCGGGCCAACAGGCAUCCCCUCCCACGGCCUUG